AUGGAGGGUAAUAAUGAAGCAUUGAACUGGGAUGCUUUCAAACAGAAAUUUUUGGACAAGUAUUUCCUAUCACGUGCUAGAUCGGAGAAAGAGGCCCAAUUCCUUAAGCUUUACCAAGGCAACAUGACUAUAGCCGAGUAUGCUGACAAAUUUGACUCCCUAGCCAAACAUUUCCUCUAUUUCCGUGACAAUAUGGAUGAGAAUUAUAAGUGUGAGAGAUUCGAACAGGGACUCAGAUAUGAAAUUAAGGAGUCUGUGGAGCCCUUGGAGAUUCAUCAGUUCCAAGCUCUAGUGGAGAAAUGUAAAAAGGUGGAACAAAUGAAACAAGGACGUCUGCAUAGAGGGGUUGCUGGAGGACCGUCAAGACCCCAGGGACAUCAAUACGACAAUAAUAGAGGAAAGCAGCAACAACCAUACACCCGACCCCAAAGGAAUAGUAGGGACCAACCUCGAGGACAUUUCAAGGGAGGUCAGAAGCUGCAAAAUUCAGGUACUAUUCGGUGCUACCAUUGCAAUAAAGAGGGACAUGUGAGUACUCAGUGCCCAGAAAAAGCAAGACUUUGUUAUCUCUGUCAGCAACCAGGACACUUUGCUAAGGAUUGUAGAGCACCAAGAAGAGAUCAUAUACCAUCCACCAAUAACAAUAAUGAUAUCCCUCGCCCUACUGCUAAGGGACGUGUCUAUCACAUUGGAGGAGAAGAAGCAUCAAAUGCCUUGGGAUUAGUCCAGGUCACCAUACCGUCUACUGAACCUGUAAUCUUGAAUGAAGCUUGUUUACAAUGUCCCUUGAAUUUCUUGGGCAUGAAAUUUAAAGUCGACUUGAUUUGCAUUCCUCUCAAACAUCUGGGAGUGAUCCUUGGGAUAGACUGGUUAUCUAGUCAUCAAGUUCUUUUGGAUUGUGCUCGAAAGUCUGUAAUCUUUCCAAACGCUGAUGUUUCCCGAUUCCUCAAUAUCAACCGAUUGAAAAUUUCUUUAAAGGGAGGAAUCCAGAAGUAUGUAUUCUUAAAUUCUAUCAGCAUGAGACCAGAAGUAGAAAUUUAUGAGAUCCCGGUGGUAGGAGAUUUCCCGGAAGUUUUCCCAUCAGACGUGCCAAGGUUACCUCCAGUAUGUGACAUUGAAUUUUCUAUUGAUGUGGUUCCAGGAACCGGACCUAUUCAUAUUGCCCCAUACAAAAUGAAUCCAUCUGAGAUGUCAGAGUUGAAAAAUCAAUUAGAUAACCUAUUGUCAAAGAAGUUUAUCCGACCAAGUGUCUCACCAUGGGGAGCUCCUGUACUAUUGAUGAAGAAGAAGGAUAGAAAGUCGAGAUUGUGUGUUGACUAUCGACAACUUAAUAAAGUCACAAUCAAAAAUAGAUAUCCAUUUCCAUGCAUUGAUGACUUAAUGGACCAACUAAGAGGUGCUUUAAUAUUCUCCAAAAUUGAUCUAAAGUCGGGAUAUCAUCGAAUUCGGGUGAAGGAAGAAGAUAUACCCAAGACAACAUUUAGAACGCGAUAUAGACAUUAUGAGUAUUUGGUGAUGCCCUUCAGUGUUACCAAUGCACCCUCAAUUUUCAUGAAUUAUAUGAAUCGUAUCUCUCAUCCAUUCUUAGAUAAAUUUGUCGUGGUUUUCAUCGAUGAUAUCCUUAUAUACUCCAAGAGCAAGCAAGAACAUGAAAACCAUUUGGGCCUAGUGUUUCAAGUAUUGAAAGAGAAACAAUUGUACGCCAAUUUGGAAAAGUGUGAGUUCUGGUUGGAGGAGGUGAAGUUCUUAGGCCAUGUAAUCUCCAAAUAA